AUGUUUGUAGCUUUCAAGUUUAUGCUUGCGUCGAUCAUAAUGGGCAUGCCAAUUAAGCUAAAUCGUGAAUUGUUACUAGAACUGAACUCAGAAGAAAGGAGAGACUAUCGCGAGUGUAUUCUCAAGAUUCUAAAAUAUAAUAACAUUGCUAUUGAGCGUUAUACUGAACGCACUAACAAUGAAUGA